AUGCGUUUCCUACACGUCGCGGCCAUCCUGGCCAUCGUCUCGCUUUCAACUGCGCAAGACACCUACGAUUACAUCGUCAUCGGCUCUGGUCCCGGCGGCGGCCCUCUAGCAUCGAACCUCGCACGCGCAAACUACUCGGUGCUUCUUCUCGAGGCUGGCGACCAGUCCACGGCAGGUAACGCGGAAUACCCACCACAGAUCACUUGGGACUUCUUCGUCAGGCACUAUGCGGAUGACAAGAAGAACAUGAUGAACAAACACCUCACAUGGAAGACCAAGGAGGGGAGGUACUGGGUUGCGGCAGGAGAUGCGACGCCACCCGCUGGCAGUACCUUUCUGGGCGUGUACUAUCCGCGCGGAAGUAGUGUUGGCGGCUCGAGUAUGAUAAAUAAGAUGUGCACAUGGCUGCCACCGAACAGCGACUGGAACUACAUCCAAAAUCUUACCGGCGAUGCUUCGUGGAAUUCGGACAAUAUGCGCAGCAUCUUCCAACGCAUCGAGAAAAACAAUUAUGUUCCCAAAGGAACGGCAGGCCACGGCUUCGACGGCUACUUCCAGACCAACAUGAACAAGCCAGUGAGCCUAGGGCAACCCGCUUUAGGGAUUGUGCAAGCUAUCGCACAGAACUUCUCGCUGCCCACCACGCAGUCGGAGAUUGUUACCAGGAUGGGUUCGGAUGCGAACUACCUCGAUUCACAGCGCGACUGGACGACGGGGAUAUGGGGUCUACCAAUGCAUCAAAAAGCUACUGGUGAUCGGUACAGCUCGCGCGACUAUAUCCAAGACACGAUUCAGAGGAAGUUCCCUUUGACGCUGAGUAUGAACAGUCUUGCUACAAGGGUACUGUUCGCUAACGGAACAACCUGUGGCGGCCAGCCACGAGCGACAGGCGUAGAGUAUCUCCAGGGCCAAUCAAUUUACAAGGCCGAUGCCCGCUUCUCUUCUUCCAAUAAAGGCACGCUCAAAACCGCAAACGCACGGAAAGAAGUCAUUGUCUCAGGCGGGACCUUCAACACACCGCAGAUCCUCAUGCUCAGUGGUAUCGGGCCUAAAGAGCAGCUCGCACAGUUCAACAUCCCUCUUGUAGUCGACGCGCAAGGCGUAGGAAGAAACCUCCAAGACAACCAGGAAAUGCCCAUCAUCGGCCAAUACUCCGGGACAAGCGCCGGAUUCUCCCAGCCCAUUAUUAUGAUGAAGACCCCCCAUUCACCCGACGGUGAACGCGACAUGUUCCUCAUGCAGGGGCAAUUCGCAUUUCGCGGCUUCUGGCCAGCGAACCAGACAAAUGCAGCCUUGCCACAGGACGCGCCCAAUACGUAUGGUAUUAGCAUGGUGAAAGGGAAGCCACAGAAUAAGAAAGGCUUCGUGAAGCUGGUUUCGGGUGAUCCGACGGAUGCGCCUGAAAUCAAUUUCAUGCUUUUCGAGGAGGGUAAGGAGAUUGAUAUGGGCGCAAUGAAAGACACCAUUGCAUGGGCGCGCAAAAUGUAUGUCGGUGCGAAAGGCGUCAGUGUCCAGGCCAAAGAGCCGCCGUGCCCUGAAGGCCCGGAUGCGCAGGGUUAUUGUGGGCAGGCAGAUGAGGACUGGAUCACUGGACAGACCUUUGGACACCAUCCCACGUCCACUGCGGCAAUUGGAAAAGACGGCGAUCCUCAGGCUGUGUUGGACGGCCGGUUCAGGGUGCGAGGCGUGAAGGGGCUGAGGGUUGUCGACGCGUCGGCUUUUCCGAAGACGCCGGGGGUGUUCCCAGUCGUGAGUACGUUUAUGAUCAGCGAGAAGGCGAGCGACGUGAUGAAAGAAGAUGCGAAGAAGGAUGUUUGUGCUGCGUAG